UGUUUGUUUAUUUACAUGUUUACUGAAGUUUACAAUGCACAAAUUACACAAGAGAGAAAGAAAUAUUAUUUCAUAUUAAUUUAUUUAUUUUCUUCAUUCUUAAAAAAAUAAAGUUUUUGUUUAACACAGAAGUUAAUAAUGACAAAAUGUUAUAUUUGCAAUCGAAAAGCCAGUAAAUUAAGUAAUUUAUCAUUUCACAGGUUUCCAAAUGAUGAAGAAUCAAAACAAAAAUGGCUUGAUAUAAUAGGAAAAUCAGAAUCGAUAUCAAAGCGUUCCACGGUUUGUUCACUUCAUUUCACCGAAGAUUGCUUUCGAUACGGAUUAGUUUAUGGUAUGCGACGAUUGAAAGAAGGCAGCAAUCCUUCUCUAUAUCUCAAUGAAACGCCUGAGGAAACUGGAAUUCUCAAUAAACUUCACACAUCUUCUGUUAGUCAAACUUUAGACGAAGUCGUUAAUAAAUUUCGAAUCGAUGAAUUUGAUAACGAGAAUUCAGAUGAUGAAAACUUUGAUGUCGUUCAAUCACCAAAAUUAAAGUCACAAACAAAAAAGAAUCAUAAAAGGAAUGAAUUUAAUGCUCCAAAAACGAAAAUAAGUGUGAAUCUCACAUGGGAGAAAAUUAUAUCGAGACCUGAUGGAGGAAAAAAAUAUUGGGAACACACUCAACGAGAAUUAAUUGCCAAGAAAAAAAGAAUAAAAACUUUAGAGUUAACACUUCGACGUAUGAAAGAGAAAUUAUUAAAUGUACAAACAUCGAUAAAAGAAUUGAAAGAAAAUCCUUACGUUGCUGUUUAUGUUCAAAAUGAUAAAUAACAUAUUUUUAUAAAACAGUAAAAAGAAAUUUUUACGUUUACAAAUUAAAAAAUAAAGUGAUUGUAUAGUUAAUUGUAAAGCUUUUUUCAUAAAGAAAAAAAUGAUAGAAAUUAAAAUGUAAUUAACGAAAAUUGGUAUGUAAAAAAAUUAUUUACUGUAAAUAAAUUUAUACACUGUUUAUUUUUUCGUAAAUACAUAAAAAAAUAGAGGUGGACUUUUUGUUUACGUAUUCGUGUAUCUAUAGCUUGCAAAUUAUCCCUAACACAUGCUUCUUAAAGGGAAUGAUGAGAGUAAAAUUAUAAUAAUAAUACACAUGUCUUGUGUUUCGGCACAUUGAACAUUUUGUGGCAAACACUUUUUUUUUGUAAACAAUGCACAACGACGAGGAACUAUUGAAAUCUCCUCUGACGAUUUAUAACAAUAAUAAAAACUAUAAUCGUUCCAGACGACGUUACGUUCUAAUAAGAGAAUGUACACAGAAUGUAUUGUUUACACUGUGGCUC